AUAGUAUAACAAAUUGUUUGUGAAUUGUUACUUUUGUAUUUUUUGCAAAUAUUCCAAAAAUUUGUUAACCACCCGUCUACGGCCACACUACUUCGUCGUUUUGGCGCAUUUUAGUGCUUGUGUUUGUGCUAAAAUUGUUAAAAGGCAAAAAUCUUAAAAUUCGCAAUGUCUACUCUUGAACUAUGCGAAAAGUAUUUUGGGACACGAGAUGUGUACAAAUUGAUGAGCCUGAAGAAGAGCGCCAGCGAGAAAGAAGUGAAAAAAGCGUACCACAAGCUAUCGCUGCUUGUUCAUCCAGAUCGGGUGCCCGACGAACAAAAAGAGGAGUCCACGGAGAAGUUUAAGGUUCUCUCGAAAUUGUACCAAGUGUUGACUGAUACACAGAAGAGGGCCCUAUACGACGAGCAGGGCAUUAUCGACGACGACGACGAUGCCGAGUCUAAACUCUCCUCCUGGCUGGAUUUGUGGAGCAAGAUAUUUAAGCCCAUCACCGAGGAGGAAAUCAACACCUACGAGAAGGAGUACAUUGGCUCCGAGCUGGAAUGCUCCGACAUCAAGAAGGCCUACUUGGGAGGCAAGGGUUGCAUCAACUAUAUGAUGAACCAUGUGCCAUUCAUGAAGGUGGAGGAUGAGCCACGCAUUCAAAAGCUUGUACAAGGCUGGAUUGCAGCAGGCGAGGUACCAGAGCAUAAAAUCUUCACCGAGGAGCCGGCCGCCAAGCGCAAGAAGCGCCAUCAAAAGUAUGCCCGUGAGAGUAAGGAGGCGAAGGUCAUCAAGGAACGCAUUGACCGGCGGAAGAAGGAAAAGGACGAGCAAGACCUCGAAGCUAGCGGUGGCGAUCUGCAACAGAUGAUCCUGGCGCGCCGCAACAAGCGCGAGUCCAACUUCACCUCCAUGAUGGAUCGCCUCAUGGAGAAGUAUGCCGGAGUAGACGACGACGAUGAGGUGGACUUCAGCGCUUUGGGAAAAAAUUGUAAAAAGAAGAAGUCGGCUAAGAAACCCGCCCAUAAGUCGCCUGCAAAAAAGUUACACGGGGUCAAGAAUGGCCGGGUCGAGAAAGGGAAGAACUAAGCACCGGUCGGCCAUCCCAACUAAAAUAGUUCUCUCGUUUCUCCUACUAUAGUCUUAGUCAUAACCGCCCGAAUGUAUUUAUCCAUUUACGUAUCAGUGUUUUAUAAAUCAUACUGUCUUUAUAAAAUAGAUAAUUAUGGUCAAUCAAAU